UUAUAAUAUUAAACUAACAACGUGGAUUUGUAUUUUGCAGUUGACAAGGAUCAGCUGAAUUUAAAAAUCACAGGGAACAGUACUGAUUGGUUAGCAAUUAGUUGGUAUAUACCAGGACGUGAUGAUUGUAUAAUGAAAAAUGUGAUAACAUACUGCCAUGCAAAUCUAUGCGAGGAAGCCAACGUUACUCAAACUCUUUACAAUGCCACUAAUUUAUUACCGUGCACUACAUAUCAUUUCUCAGUAUCUCUUCAUGGAGAAAAUGGAGAAUUUGGCAGUACUAACAUUACGGGAGUGACUGGGUUUUUGAAACCAAGUGCACCAUCCUCUGCAUGGUCUUUACCGCAAAAUGAUUCUUUGAUUAUCUUUUGGAGCAAGCCAAUUGGAGCAUCUUGUGUGGCCUUGUAUCGGAUAACAGUAUGCCAAGAUCACCCAUAUAACAAUGCAUUCAAAGAAAAUACGACUACUGGAUAUCAAAUAAUGUUUAAUAAUCUGCAAUCAUGCAGUAUUUAUAAUGUUAUUAUUGUUCCCAUCGAUCAGUUCGGAAAUGACAGUAGUCCUUAUAUUUUUUAUUCUAACAAAACGUUAGCUCCUAUCCCAGAAAUUCCCAUGUACCUGUCAUCAAAUCCUGGGAAGAAUGAAAUAGCGAUUGCAUGGCAAUUAGAUAUCAAUGAAUUCAACAAUUGCGGAAACAUGAAAAUUUUGACAGUUUGUAAUUAUAAUAAAGUUCUUGGUUUGGGCUAUAAUGGAACGAACAGUAGUUCCUUCAUAAAUAUUACUGAAGAGUUUAUCCAGAGAAUAAUUACUACCACAAUAAAUUCUCUUUCACCACACACUGAAUAUGAAUGUUUUAGUAUAACUUCUAAUGAUCGUAAGAACAGUAGUAAAAGCGAGACAGUUUUAUUAAAAACUUCAGAAGACAUAUCCACUUCUCCAGAGCUAUCCGUAUUCAAUAACACAGAUAAAAAAUUUUCAUUCAUUUGGAAACUACCAGUCUAUCUACCAGGCCAUAUAUCAAAAUUUGAAGUUAAUUUCACGUGGUAUUAUAAAUUUCAUCAACCGAUAUGGUGCAGUAAUUUUUCAGGCAAGAGUGAAUACAGUAUUAUUCUCAACGGGAGUACAUCGUCAUUGUCAUAUGAAAAAGCAUAUCCAUUUUCUAGCUACCAAGCGUCAAUUCGAGCAAAAACGCUGGCUGGUUGGAGUAAUUAUAGUGACAGUGUGUCAUUUGCAACACACCCUGGUGCACCAGGACCAGUAUCUAAUCUCACCUAUAUUUUCAAAAAAGUCUCUGAUGAUGCUACCAAUCUCGAAGCUUCUCUAUCGUGGGGACUUCCUUGCUUUAUAAAUGCAGUAAAAAUAGAACAUUUCGUAGUUACUGGAAUCGGAACUAGAAACAAUUUUCCAAAUCAUGAUUUGAAUGCAACCAUCAUGUCACAAAUAUGUAUUGAUGAUAUGUGCACGGUCGAGUUGCAAUUGAAGGAUGAAUAUACGUACUAUUUUUCUGUAGCUGGAAAGGUUAAAGAUGUUAAACCUUUAGGACCUGCAGAAGAAAUCACAUUAUUAUACCCAGCUGGCGUUCCAUCAGAUCCAGAAACUGAGUACCUUGAUCAAAUUACGAUUGAUCCCUACAAAACUCGGAAAACAACGUAUUCGGCAACAAUUUUACUACCAUUGUUUCUGAAUACUCAUGGUGAAAUAAGAUGCUAUGCCAUAAUCGUUGCAAAAGCUGGAUUUAACUAUGGAAACUUUUCUAGAAAUGACUUGAAAGCUGGAGAAUGGCCCUCGAUAGCUUCUUGGAUUGAAUCUGCACAAAAAGGGUUUACAAUACCUUAUCAAGCGUCUAAAUUUUGCAAUGACUCGCAUGAGCCACAUGUCGUAGAUUAUGGAAAGUUGAAGGCUAUCAAAUUUCAAAUUGGUGAAGAUAUUGAAACUUGUCCUGAAUUGUCAAAGAUCAAAGUGUCGUAUUGCAAUGGUCCUUUGAACCCUGAUACUUGGUAUGAUGUCAGAAUGAGGGCAUUUACUGAUGGCGGAUAUCGAGAUUCUAGAAUAUUUCAAAUUAAAACAAACGCUGAAUUACAAGUAUCCUUAAUAAUUGGAUCGAUAGUUGGUAUUUUAUCAGUAGGAGUUCUUAUCACCAUAUUUUUACUUGUAAAAAAAUGUUCAGUUCAAACAGUAUUAAGACGAUUAUUAAACUCAAAUAUGCCAGGAUCUCCAGUUCCGGCACCAUUUAACCGACGGAAGUUCAUAAUUCACUGUCAACAACUAGCUGACAAUCCCGGGAAACUCAGUAAUGAAUUUCAAUUAUUGCAAACAUUGAGUUUAGACUUACAAAUGCCAACAAAUGCUGGAUGUCUUCAUGCGAAUAGAAAAAAAAAUCAUGACUUUUCAAGAGUUAAGUUAGAUAUUAUCGAUAACGAUCCAAAUAGUGAUUAUAUAAAUGCAUCAUUUAUAAAGGGAUUUAGUAAUGACGAAGAAUACAUAGCAUGUCAAGCGCCGAAAGAAGAGACAAUUUACGAUUUUUGGCGUAUGGUAGAACAAUAUAAUUUCAAAGAUUGGCCGGAUCAUGAUGUUCCUGAAGAUUUUGAUGCUAUGAUUAAUUUUUGUCAAAUCAUGAGACGCAAUAUAAAUGCUAGCCGAAAUUUAGUAGUUAUUCAUUGCAGUGCAGGCAUCGGUAGAACCGGAACACUGAUAGCGAUAGAUAUUAUACUUCAGCAUCUAAAAGAUAAUAGAAAAUUGGACGUAUUUGGUACUGUUUAUCGACUGCGGCAGCAAAGAAUAAAUAUGGUCCAACGAGAAAGUCAAUAUACUUUUAUUUAUAACUGCAUAAAACAAGUGUUGAAAAAUCCGCACUUUUCAAAAAGCUAUAAACCACCGUAUGGAAGUCAAUGUGUGAGACCAUCAUAUGAAGACAAAAGUGAACUGAAGCAUAGUAAUGUUUUGACGAUAAAUCAAAAUGAAAGUAUUGAACUUGAUACCGAUACGAGAUAA